AUGUUUAGUUAUUUGAACGUCUGUAUGCUUUCUGUAGCCGGACUAUUCACCCUUCUUCCUCCAGUCCCUGUUCCACAGCCUCCUACACUGAGAGGUGCAGAGGUACCAGGUAAAGCGGGGCAGCAGCUGGAGCUAAGCUGUACCUCGUCAGGAGGCCACCCGCCCCCUCAGCUCACCUGGUACAACGGGACGGAGGCAUUUACAGGGCGUCACGUGAACCAGCAAGAACGCGGAGGUCGAGUAGAGCUAGAUCUUAUCCUACGGCGUCUGACCAAAUGGGAUAACGGUAUGAACCUGACAUGCAGAGCAAGCCAGCCGUUUCCGGAGAUCACUUUAUCUAGGGAUUCUUGGACUGUAUUGCAGGUUCACUAUCCUCCUAGUGUCUCUGUUACCACUCCAUCAGUACGUGUGGUUGAGGGAGUCACAGCAGAACUAACCUGUCUGGUAGAGAGCAAUCCUCCUGCCACCAUCAGCUGGACAAGACCCAGUCGACCUACAUCACUUAUCGGCAAUACCGAGCAGAAUAUAUUCCGGAUUCCCAGAACGUCCCGCCAAGAUGCAGGGAUUUACCAAUGCACGGCAGACAACGGUUUACAACCUGUAGCUGUAGGGACAGUGACUCUAGAGGUUAUGUACCCACCGUUCAUCAAUCCCUCCAUGGACGACAAAGUUACCGCUCUACAUGAUGAUGAUGACUUUUCACUGAACUGUCUCGUGGAGGGAAAUCCGAAACCAAAAGUAACGUGGCGGCGGAAGGGUACUAAGCUGUACUGGAAAAACCCACUCCGGUUCAACAGGGUGCGCUACGACGUGGAGGGAACGUAUCAAUGCGUAGGAACAAGCGAUGGAUUUCGUCAACAGACAAAGGAUGUUUUCGUCGAUGUUGUGGCCGACCCAUUGCCAUCUCGCAUCAAUUGGAUAUGGCGUAAUAACUAUGGACUGGAGACAGAGUUAGAUAAUUCUGAUUUUCGUAUCGUCACGACCAGAAGAAAUCAGGAAAUGACGUCGUCACUGAAUAUACCGAAUGUGGCUGUGAAGGAUAGUGGAAGCUACAUCUGCGAGACAACUAACAUGUUUGGUUCUGCCAAGCGAGACAUGCACUUGGAGGUUAAAGACUCAACCCCUAAUCUUGUCAUCAUAACUUCUAUCGCUGCUGGAGUGGUUCUAGUGGCGACAGUUGCUGUCAUUCUCAUAGUCAUCGCGAAGAAAAAAGGCUGGAUAUGCAAGCACCAACUUGAUGACUCGUUUGACCUGUCAGCCCCCCGCCCGAUGCCCCCUGUACCGAAGUACGUGUACAAAACCGGCACCAUUGACUCCGGUGUGGAGGACCUACAGGAGCUACAGGAGAUGUACGGUACUCUCAAACCACGUCCUCCGCCACGGAUUGAGAAGAAGUGGGAGGCGGUCGGGCUUUCCUACUCAGGACUAGUCCACUCUACGUCCCUCCCACCCUAUUCCACUGAAGAGGAGUAG